GUCGAGCCACAUAAAAUUUUACCAAUUCGUCAAGUUUCGCUAUUAAAAUUGAAGUUUGUGCUUGGAAAAUUCAUUUUCAGCAUUCAAUUUAAACAACAAGUAAAGAAAAAAUCCAUUGCGAAUAUGCCGAAUAUAAAACUGCAGUCCAUGGAUGGGGACAUCUUCGAUGUCGACAUGAAGAUCGCCAAGUGCUCGGGAACAAUUAAGUUUAUGCUUGAGGAAUGCAAAUUGGAGAAAGAUGAGGCUAUUGUGCCUCUGCCGAAGGUGAAUUCCACGGUUUUGCGUAAGGUACUGAUCUGGGCCGACUACCAUCAGGACGAUUCCGGGCCCACUGAAGACGACGACAACGAGAAGGGAACCGACAACAUCAUCUCGUGGGACUAUGAUUUCCUUAAGGUCGACCAGGGCACACUCUUCGAGCUAAUACUGGCCGCCAAUUAUCUGGAUAUCAAGGGUUUGCUCAAUCUGACUUGCAAGACCGUGGCCAACAUGAUCAAGGGCAAGACUCCAGAGGAGAUACGUCAGACAUUCAACAUUAAGAAGAACUUCACUGCCGCCGAGGAGGAGCAGGUGCGCAAGGAGAACGAGUGGGCCGAGGACAAGUGAGACGGGUUAACAAGGCAGCGAGCGGUGGACCAUCAGACCGCUCUCAGCUGCUGGCUGGUUACACAUUAAUUGAAUUGAAUAAUUUAAAUUAAUUCGUUGUACGAACCCAAUCAUUAACUGUGUCAAACACAAAUUAAAAUACUAUGCGCCUAUGAGCACGAAGAAACAGCUUAGA